AUGCAUCGCGAGCCAACGGCUCCAUUAGUUAACAAAAGACGCAUCGAGGACUUGCUCAAGGUUCUCAAGCGCAUGACCCUCAACGACAACAUCACGGCUUUCGAAGAUGUCCUCCCAGAGCGGGUGCUUCAGUCGUUCCAGGACUUACGCCAAGCCUGUGCCUUGACGUGUGAUGCCUCGCUGACGUCUCCCAAAGCCGAGAGAUCCUUGAAGGAAGCUCUUGAGGACUUCCCUCUUCGGGCUCCGGCUUUAAGCUGGUUUCUCUGA